AUGACCAAAUCCGCACCUGCCAAGCGAAAAACACCAGCGCGAGAACCAUCUCCAGAAUCGAUAGCUUCCCAUCACGACAACGAGCCACCAGACGACACAGUAGCGGGAGCGAGAGCAGAGAUCCCGCUUCCUACUCAAUCUGAUGACACGCCUUCCAUACCCCAAGCACUCCUGCUCCGCCUGCUCCACGAGUCGUUCCAAGACAAGAACACGAAGAUCGACAAACACGCUAUACAAGUGUUUCAAAAGUAUGUCGAGAUCUUCGUGAGAGAGACUCUUGCGAGGUGCACUCUAGACAAGAAGGAAGCUUCUGAAAGGGGAGAGGUCGCAGAGAUAGAUGCAGGAUGGCUGGAGCUGGAGGAUUUGGAGAAAGCUGCGCCGGGGCUGAUGCUGGACUUUUGA